GGGAAACAGUAUCACUAUGUUUCUACUGAGCCGCAGAACUAUUUUCGUGAAUCUUUUCCGGCUUUGUAUUAAAAGCAGGUUAGCGUUUAAAAAAAACAAAAAGUACUGUGCCUCACCGCAACAACCAGGAACAUCACUGGGGGAAAGCAACAUUUCUGACGGAAAGUUUCUGUUGUAAAUGUCGCCGUUGUUCCACAGUCAAAAAAAAUCACCCAUUCUGUCACAUCAUUGGGACUGCAUGGUGCUGCCUUAUACUAGCUGACCGUGAUGCUAACUUGCCGGUGUUGAAGUGGCCCAUCUGUGCGCUGAGUGAAGAACAGAGGUGGAAAUAUCAGCACAUUUUGUUUAAUUUCCUUCCUGUGGUGUGAAAUGACUCUAUCGCUUCGGUUGCACUUCUGCAGGGUUGAGGUUUUGGCAACAGAUUCUAUUUCCUCGUGGCGCCGGCUCGUUCCCGGGGCUGAUGGUCCUUCCCGGGGUCAGUCAUUCAUCGGCAAAUCUCCAGGCCCUGUUGGAGCCAUCGCCUGGGACUUUCCAAUAGCUGCUUGAAAACACGGAGGGAAAUUCCGCGACUUCUUUCCAGCCUUGCAGCGUUUCGCUCGGAAAUCCGGCAUCACAGGUCUCUCGCUCAGGAAUCUGAACGGUUCCAAUGCAGUUGUCGACACCAGUUGACCGGAACGUUUAAUAUUCUGAUUCUGACCUUCAGGAUCCACGUGGUUUUCUUCCAGAAACAGUGACCGCCCCCCCGGCAGACUGGACACUCAGAAUUAGACCAAUGGGGAUACGGAGAAGGGAGCUGAGGUGCAGGUUGUUGCAGAACACCGUUGUAAUAAUCGGCUCUGUCGCUUUGAUCUACUCGGUUUGUAGCCCUAGCUGGUAUCAGAGCAAGGGGCUGUGGUCCAUGUCGGAAUUCACAAAUACAAACACCUCUCAACAGACUGAACUUGACCACCUGCUUAGCCGAGCAGUGGAAGCAGAACGUGUAUUUGGGGUGAUUGCGACUAUGAUGGCAAUCACAGCCAUCUGUAUCGCAUUACUGCUCAUCUGUUGCUGGAACCCAGAUACCUAUACUGAAUCCAAGAUGAAUCCUGGGCGGAUACUGCAUCCAGGAAAAUUGCUGAUUGUAAUUCUGGUGCCAACUGCUCUACUAUAUUUCAUCGCAUGGUCUUUGUUCACCAACCGUCACAUGGAACAAAUGAAGAAUGAUAUCACACAAUUUGGCUCUGCAUACUGGGUGGGAAUGUGUGCUUGGUUCACACUGCUAGUUAUUUUACCAAUUAUUUACAUGAUGGAGCAGUGCUCACACCGAGAACUCGAAAUAUAAAAUGAACAGGAGCUCAACAUUUCAGGAGUGUGUUUCACGACAAGAAUCGUGUGAAUCUGUAUAAAGUCAUUACAACUUCUGACAACCACCAGACUGAGAACACCAAGACUAUUUUCACGUAGAGUUCACAGAUUUAGGGAGAUUUGUUUUUCAAAAACAGUCUCCUUUAGGAACUGCAGAAGUAACACCUAGACAGGACUACUCUAUUUUUCUAGAAGAAUCUGAGGGCUACUUACUGAUUUUUGACAGCAUCUUUUGAUUUUCAGGGGCCACUUUUUCAUUCUCACUUGCUCAUUGAUUAGGUGAUUGUAAUCAUCGUAACAAUACAUUCUGUAUUGGCGUAGACAUAUCGAGCAUUAGGACACAGAAGCGGAAUUAAAAGAAUUCAGCAACAUCUUCAAUAGUUAAUCCUUCAUUAAAUUUAAAGCUACAAAACACAAGGAAUGCAGUGAAUUCCAAGAAAUAAUAAAAUAGUAUUUAAAUUGGUAUAAGCUAACUUGAAGAAUAAGUGACACAAACUUCUACACAGGGAAACAAAAAUCAUCCGAAAUACACAUUCCACAUUGGCAAGGUCAUAAUAAAACUGCUUCCAUUGCAUAUUCACAAAACCGGAACACUUUAACCAAUCAUUUAUUAUCCUUUUUUAAUGUCUAUUAAAAUAAGCUGCAUGUUUCCUCUACAAUAGCUUCUGAACUAUGCAGCAUUUAAGGUAGAGAUUCUGCAUUCAUUUGCAAGUAAUUUGUUAUCUCAAUGAUUUCAUGUUUACUUAGCUUCUAGUUAGCUGAUUAUUCCUGUUAUAUUUGAAAAUGUUCUCUCUUCAUCACAGAUUCCCUCACUCCUAUAACAGCCCCUUAAGACCUCCUUCUCACCUACUCCAGCCCCUUAUGGACUCCCUCUCUGUCACACAGCUGGUGGCCUCCAUUUCUCUUUGACAUCCCCUCUUGCAGACAUCAUCUCUUUGUCAUGCCCCUUGCAACUCCUGCUCUUUCUCUCGCCACUCCCUCUUACAGCGUAUAUAUCUCACUCUCUCACCUGCCCUGCAGUAACACUCCCCCAUUCCCAGCAGCUUCCGCCUUUCUCAAACCCUUGCGGCUUCUCUCUCCCCACGCUGCACUUACAACCUUCCCAUCUCACCCAGCCCAAUCCUAUCCCAACGGUACCCCCUGUCUCUAUCCAUCUCCCUUGCAUUCUCCUAGUCUUACCCCGGUCCGCCAGCAGCUCCUGCCCUGCUCUAUCUUCCAGCCGUGGUAAAGUGGUGACUGGUAACCUUGCCCAUCCAUUUCUGAACCCCUGCUUUUGACCCCAGACCCUCAGUUCUCUGUGCACACCCUGGUUUCCUCACUGCUAGCAUUUCAUUACCUCAUAUUCGAUGCUCAUCCAAUCACAAGUUGUUUUGCUCUCAUGGACUCACUAAUAAGCCUACCAGCAGGAAACACAAGAGAAAAUGGAGAUUGGAAAAGCAUUUUCUAACUACUUCCUUCCAUUUGAUUUACAGAGACUACUUUUCUCAGAUUGAUCAGCCAAUUAGGUGAAUUCUCUCAGUUGAUUUCAGGGAUAUUGGGGACAGAUGCCCACCCCCACACACACACAUACACAAAACCCACCUUAAUAUAUUUUGAGCAUUAGAUGAUAUAAUUUAACAUUUCCUUGUUAAAACUACUGUGAAUAAGAGAAAGUGUGACUGUGGUGAAGAUGUUUCAUGUGUGUAAAUGUCCACAGACAUGCUCAAAUGACGUUUGUAAUUUGUAUCUAAACAAUA